UUAGAUUGUAUGACAGUCAGUCUAAAACAGUAGAGCGUGCUGUUUGGAUUUGGAUUUAGGUAAACUUUCCGGUUCUUUUUUGCGUCAUUACUUGUGAAUCAUACGCAACAGCAAUGAAAAAGGCGUUAAUAUUAGUCUCGAUUCUGUUCCUUCUGGCAGGAUUCGCUAGAGCAGAAGAUCACGUUGACGAAGAUGUUGGAACGGUCGAAAAUGAUUUGGGUGCCAGUCGGGAGGGAUCUCGAACAGAUGAUCAGGUGGUUCAGAGGGAAGAGGAGGCGAUAAAGUUGGAUGGAUUGAAUGUGGCUCAAAUGAAGGAACUUAGAGAGAAGGCUGAGAAAUUUGUAUUCCAAACUGAAGUAAAUCGAAUAAUGAAACUUAUCAUUAAUUCGUUAUAUCGCAAUAAAGAUAUCUUCCUGAGAGAGUUGAUAUCCAAUGCAUCCGAUGCUUUGGAUAAGAUUAGAUUGUUAUCCCUUACUGAUAGAGAUGUUCUAGAUACUAAUCCAGAAUUAGCAAUUCGGAUAAAGUCGGACAAGGAAAAUAAGAUAUUGAGUAUAACUGAUUCUGGUAUUGGUAUGACUAAGAAUGAAUUGAUUAAUAAUCUUGGAACUAUCGCCAAGUCUGGUACCGCUGAAUUCUUGGGGAAGAUGCAAGACACUUCGAAUACUCAGGAUUUAAAUGACAUGAUCGGUCAGUUUGGUGUAGGUUUCUAUUCUGCCUUCUUAGUCUCCAAUACAGUCAUUGUCACUUCGAAACACAACGACGAUAAACAAUAUAUCUGGGAAUCUGAUAGCAGCAGCUAUAGCAUUGUCGAAGAUCCAAGAGGAGACACCUUAAAGAGAGGAACAACGAUUAGCCUUCAUUUGAAGGAUGAAGCGUUGGACUUCUUGGAGGAAGAUACAAUCAGAAAUUUGGUAAAGAAAUACUCGCAAUUUAUUAAUUUCCCUAUAUACCUCUGGAGUAGCAAAGUGAUUCAAGUCGACGAGGAUGAGGAGGAAGAGAAACCAGUAAAGGAUGAUGCAAGCGAUAAGGAAGAGUCUACCGAAGAUAAAGUAACAGAUGAAGAGGAGGAUGCCAAGGUAGAAGAUGCAGAAGAAGAGAAGAAAAGCAAAAAAGUUGACAAAACUGUCUGGGACUGGGAACUGCUGAAUGAUUCCAAACCGAUAUGGACUCAGAAACCAUCCGAAGUAGAGGAGAAAGAUUACAACGAUUUCUACAAGGCACUAACGAAAGAUACUCAAGAACCUUUGGCGAAAAUUCAUUUUGUGGCAGAAGGAGAAGUCACCUUCAAAUCGCUUCUCUUCAUCCCCAAAGUUCAACCUAGCGACAGCUUCAAUCGCUACGGCACCAAAGCAGAUAACAUCAAGUUAUACGUGAGGAGGGUCUUCAUCACCGACAAAUUUACCGACAUGAUGCCUAAUUACUUAUCCUUCAUUCGUGGUAUAGUCGACAGCGACGAUCUGCCGCUUAAUGUAUCACGUGAGAACUUGCAACAGCACAAGCUCAUCAAAGUAAUCAAGAAGAAGUUAAUUAGGAAAGUAUUGGACAUGAUGAAGAAAAUUCCUAAGGAAGAAUACGAAUCGUUCUGGAAAGAAUACAGCACAAACAUUAAACUGGGUGUAAUGGAGGAUGCUCAGAAUCGCGCUAGAUUAUCGAAACUCUUCAUGUUUCAUUCAUCCGCGCAGAAAGGUACCACAUCUUUGGGGGAUUACGUCUCUCGCAUGAAGCCCAAUCAGCAAUACAUUUACUACAUUGCUGGAACCUCCUUGGAAGAGGUGAAGAAAUCUCCAUUCGUUGAGAGGCUAAACAAGAAAGGUUACGAAGUUCUGUACUUGACCGAGGCUAUCGAUGAAUACGCCAUCUCUGCUUUACCUGAAUUCGACGGCAAGAAGUUCCAGAAUGUCGCGAAAGAAGGAUUCUCGCUUGAUGAGGGAGAGAAAGCCAAGGAAAGGAUGGAACAUAUGAAAACCACCUUCGAACCUCUGGUCAAAUGGCUGAACGAUGUCCUGAAAGAACACAUCAGCAAAGCUCAGGUGUCUGAACGCCUCACAGAGUCUCCGUGUGCUUUAGUUGCCAGUAUGUUUGGAUGGACUGGAAACAUGGAGAGACUGGCGAUUUCGAACGCUCAUCAGAAAAGCGACGAUCCACAAAAGACUUACUACUUGAACCAGAAGAAGACGUUAGAGAUUAAUCCAAGGCAUCCACUCAUCAGAGAACUACUGCGUCGAGUAGAAGUGGACACUAAUGAUCAGACAGCGAAGGAUAUAGCUUUGAUGAUGUUCAGGACAGCUACUCUUCGGUCUGGGUACAUGCUCAGAGAAACUGCUGAUUUCGUGGACAGCGUAGAACAACUGAUGAGGAAAACUUUGGGAAUUUCCCUAGACGAAGUACCGGAAGAAGAGGAACUCCAAGAGGAGGAAUCUGCUUCGAUGGAAUCAGACGCCGAAACAGAGAAGAUCAUCGAUAUGGAUAUGAGCGAAGAAGACAAAGAUGAGGAGAAACACGAUGAACUGUAAUUUAACACAAGAUUAACUUUUAUAGCCGUAUAAUUAUACAAUGUAUAGUGAUGUGGUAUUUAAUUCAGUCGUGCAACUAUUGGUGUUGCAAAUUAAAACGAACUGUUAUAAUUGUACAGAUACAAAGAGAUCAAAGUAAUCCUUUGAUGGUUCUUUGCAGCAUUUAAAGCGUUUUGUAAUAAUUUUAUUGCAAAGAUGCAUAGAAGGAUGUGAUAAAUACGCAAAGGUGACAUAUUUCGCUAAUUAAGUUCGUCAUCAUCGUACUUUGUAGGAUCUCAUGUGUUCCACGUUCGAUAACGAAUUAUUGUUAUAAUUUAUUUGAUUUGAUCUUCCACUUUUUUAUAGUAACGUAAAGAAAUCACUGACUGAACAUAAGUAUAGAAUGUUUGUGAUGCGAGUGAUUGUAUUUGUAUAAAAGGAUAUUAAACAAUUAUUGGAGUAGCAUUUAUUAUUAUGUUUUCUUUUUUACUUGAGCAGUACCGAUUAUGUAAUAAAUUAUUAUUAUAGUA